AUGGACAUGCGAAUAUUUUAUAUUAUCUUCUACGCAAUUGUUGCAGCUUCCGCGGACAUGUGUACGGUUAGCGAUGAGAUACAGUGUAGCUAUACUAUAACUUGUAUAAAUUAUUUUAAUCUGAACAUGAAUUGGGACAGAUUCAUAUACUACGAUGGACAGCACCAUGAAAGGUGCCACCAUUUAAUUUCACACAAUGGAAACAGGAUGUACCCAGUGACACUCGUCUUGAAACAGACUUUAGUGGACUUAGCCGUACCAGUGCCAAAUAUCAUGAAUAGCUGGAACGCGCAGGAACUAUUGAAAAUCAUACAUACCUUAGACUUAAGUGAGAAUAAUUAUCAUCAAACACCUAUCAUCAACAGUAUGAUGAAUCUGGUAGUAUUAAACAUAUCUAAUAAUGAGUUAACUACAGGCUUUUUAUCCAAUUAUAAUCCAUUAAGUAUGUUGACUCAACUAGAUUUGUCAAAUAAUAUGAUAAGUGAUUUAAAAGUUAACCCAACAGAGCAACCCUACAACAAGUUAACCAUAAUCGAUUUAUCUCAUAAUUAUCUCGUAAAUAUUCCUGAUGCCGUUUUCGAUUCAUUCGAUGACUUGGAAACACUAGAUCUGUCAUACAACUAUAUCGAUAUUUUGUCACAGUUCACAUUUGAAGGUAUAAAAAAGUUGGUAUACUUGAAUUUAUCGAACAAUAGAUUAACAGAUAUUAAUUCUGCUCUGUUCAGAUUUAGCGAACUUUUAACUCUCAAUCUCAGUGCUAAUAAAAUUAACAAAUUGAAAAUGAAUGAUUUUAAAAACUUGAUUAAACUAAAAUUACUGGAUCUCAGUUCAAAUAACAUAAAGACUAUCGAUGUUAAUGUUUUCCAAGCAAUGAUUUCAUUAAAAAGUUUAGAUUUAAGGCAUAAUUUGCUUGAAGUCCUAGAUAAAAAUGUAUUUGCAAAUUUGAAGUCACUAGACAGUAUAGAACUUACACAUAAUAAAAUAAAAACUUUACCUAAACGUUUAUUUAGAAACAUGACAAUUUUAACUUUCUCUAUCAGCGAAAAUAGAUUAGAGGGUUCAUUAGAUAAAGGAAUGUUUGAAGGUGUAAACGUUACAAGAUUAGACCUAAGCAACCAGUAUUUAACUGAAAUUAAAGAUUACACAUUCUAUAACCUUGUUAGGCUAGAUACUUUAAUCCUCAAAUCUAAUAGAAUACUAAAUUUAGAAUAUAUGUGUUUUGAGACUUUAGUAAACCUGCAAAUACUAGAUCUCUCUAAUAAUCAAAUAAUGAACAUAAACUUUGACAAAAGUGAUCUGGGUAAUCUCCAAUCUUUUAUCUUAAAAAAUAACCGCUUAACAGAAAUAAAACAUGAACAAUUACAACACUUAAAGGUCCUAGAAUAUUUGGAUAUUUCCGGAAACAUGAUCACUCAUUUGGAACCAAAUUCAUUUCGAUUUCUCAAAAAUUUAAUUAACUUAGAAAUAAAUAGUAAUCCAUUAGAGGGUGUUUUAGAAACGGCCACGUUUCAAGGUCUGGGUUCACUGCCCAGUCUUGAUAUUUCACGCAGUAUGUUAACUACGAUUAAGAACGCAACGUUCAAUGACAUGACUGCAUUAAAAAACUUGGAUAUGUCUUAUUGUAGAAUAAGUGAGUUACAGUAUAAUAUAUUUCUCCAUACUGGGUAUAUAGAAACACUCGAUUUAUCACAUAAUCAACUUAAAGAUUUUGUCGUUAAUACUACUGAAUUAAAAGGACUAUCAAUGCUCUUCCUGCAUAAUAAUUUUAUAAAAACUAUUUCACCUACGUCGUUUGGAGGUUUAUCUCGAUUAAAUAAUCUUACGCUAUCCUAUAAUGUUAUAGUUAGUAUUGAUAGUGAAUCUUUCAAUAGUCUAAUAGAUUUGCGAUAUUUAGAUGUAUCGUACAAUGAAAAGUGUAAUAUUACUCGGUUUAAUUCAGAAAAAGUAAAAGAGUUAAAUACUUUAGUUCUCUCCGGUAUUAAAACUACAAUAAAUUUUGCACAUUUCGUGCAAGACAACCAAAUCUCAGACUUGUUAAUAUCAAAUGCGAGUAUACAAAAUAUCAGUGAUUUACAUCUCAGCGGGAUAUCUCACGUGGAUACUUUAGACUUGAGUUACAAUAAUAUUUCUAAGUUGCAAAUAGGAGACUUUACUGAAUUACAUGCACUUCGACAUUUGGACUUGAGUUUCAAUAAAAUAGCGUUUAUCCAACCAGGUACAUUCAAAAAUAAUACAUUAAUGAGUUCUUUAAACAUUUCUCAUAACUAUUUACAGUCUAUUAGUUACGGUAUUUUCCAAGGAUUACAUUACUUAAACAUUCUAGAUAUGUCUUAUAAUAAUAUAAACGAUUUACGAAGUGAACGAUUUUACGAAUUGAAUUUUUUGUCCCAGUUAAUAGUAGAUCAUAAUAAAAUUGAUUCGCUGAAUGCUGAUGACUUUAUUGGUACAAGUCUAACAAAAUUAAGUAUUGGUGACAAUCCACUAUCCUGUGAUAUUUUAGUCAAUCUAAAGAGAAAUCCCUUAUCUUUUGAAAUAACUGCUCUUAGAAUAGAUGAACAUAUGAACGAAAAUGUAAAUGGGGUGGUAUGUAAUAAAGUACAUGAGAUGGAAACUACCGUAAUACCCAAACACAACAGAGAUGAUAUUGAAAUAGUAAAGAGUCUACAAAAUAUUCUUUUAAACUUAAGUAAAAAUAACGUUGAAAAAGAUAAUAAAGACAUACAAUAUCUAGAAAAGAUAUCAAACCUUUUAGAAAAGUCUAAUUCAAUUUAUGAUGAAAAAAUGUCAAAUUUAAUUAAUUUAACAUCUAGUCUUAGAACCAUGAAUAAUAGGACAAACAUAAUGUUAAAUGAAAUUAUUAAAUUGUUAGACAUAAACCGAAACGGUAUUGUAUCUACAACUGCGGGACCAACAACGCAGGCUGUUACGGUUAGAAGCACAAACUUACCAACUAUGAGCAACAAUUCUAAUAUUAACCAAUCUAUAGAUGUUAUUUCAUACAUAAACAAAAUCAAAAAUGAAUUAGAAAAUACUAUAGCAAGUGAAAAACAAAACAUUAUAAACGAAUUUAAAAACAAAUUUAACUCUAGUGACAAAACACGGUCACUCCCUGAAGUGGACCACGGUCAUGAAAAGUUAGUUUCAAGUAAUAAUGAACCGCCAAAGUCUCUAUUUACAGAAACGUGUGUAGCAUUGAUAUUGUUAAUCUUAGUUGGUUUAGUUUUGUACAAAUUUUAUAAGUCUAGAAUGUUCAUUAGAAAUAGAUUUUCGCUAAGCACUCGUGAAUUACCUGGGGCAAUAGAAAAUUCUAAUCUGUGA